GCACAUGGGUGUCCUGGGGGUGCACAGAAGAAAUAUGGGGCAUUUGGGGCAUGGAGCUGAAUGGGGGUAACUGGGGCUGUACUGGAGGAGAGGGGUCAUCCUGAGGGUAUAUGGGGAUAUUACAGCUGUAUUGGGGCACACAGGCACCCCGGGACUGUAUGGGGGGCUCACGGGCACCCCUUGGGGUUGGGUGCCCUGAGGGUGUGUGGGGCUCUCGGGGGUCCAUGGGAAAACCUGGGAGGGGGUAAUGCCAGAGCAUAUGGGGCACCCAAGGGGCCAUGGGGCACCCAUGAAGCACUUGGGGGAGCGUGGGGCAGUCGGGGGGUCAAUGGGGCACCCUAAGGACACGCGUCCCCUUCUUCCUCCGCCCGGGGCUGUGGGGCAGGCAGGGGGGAGGAGGAAGAGAGGUGGAAGAGGAGGAGGAGGAGGGAGGAAGGGGCGGUGAUGCCGGGCGGCUCUGCCUUCCCGCUGCCCCCGCCGCGCCCGCAGAGCGCACGGAGGGACCCGCAGCGGCUCCCCAGGUAGGGGACAGGGACGGAGACAGGGUCACCCCCCGACAGGCUGCAGGGCCACCUCCGGGCAGGCGACACCCCUCCCGCCCGGCAGAGAACCUCGCCCGCAAGGCACGACCCCCCCAGUUUUCCGCAGCUCUGCUGGGGAAGAGGAAAAGCGGCGGCUCCGGCGGAGGCUGAAGUCACCGGCAGAAACAUCGCAAAGCUUCUCGCCUGCCUCGGGAAGUCUGUCUGCCUCUCAAAGGAUGUUCUGACCCCCGUGAGUGGGAUUUUGGGGGACCAGAGCCGCAUGAGACCGGGAACUCCUCACACAGAAUCAACCCCCGAUCCGGCCCUUCCACGGCUUCAGCGAUGUUGCCAGGGAAAGCAGAGAAAAGAAUCGCUUCAUCCAUCUUCAUCACCCUCGUGCCACCACGGAGGGACGUGGCCACCAAGGAGAAAACCCAACGGGAGCCGCAGACAGAAACCCACACGGUGGCCCCUGUACCUACAUCCCCACCAGUCCUACCCCUCUCUGAAGUGCCCCAGCCCUUAUCCAUGGAGCCACUGGGUCUGGCACUGCAGCAACUGGACCUUGCAGCACCCACCACCCUCCAGGCCCCUUCCACCUUCCCUGCUGAAUUGAAGCCACCCACAUUUUCCCAGGAGCACACAGGCAAGCGGCAGUGGCAGGAUGUGAAUGGGGACCCGGGGAGGGACAGCUCCAGAGACAUCUGUGCCUUCUGCCACAAAGCGCUGGGGCCCCGGGAGCCGACAGUGGAGGCGAUGCGGAAGCAGUACCACCCUGACUGCUUCACCUGCCGCACGUGCCACCGACUCCUGGCUGGGCAGCGCUACUUCCAGAGAGAUGGGUGCCCCACGUGUGACACCUGCUUCCAGGCCACGCUGGAGAAAUGUGCCAAGUGCCAGGGGCUGAUCAUGGAGCACAUUGUCCGUGCCCUGGGCAAGGGCUACCACCCCAGCUGCUUCUCCUGCACUGCCUGCGGCCGGGCCAUCGGCACUGAGAGCUUCGCCGUGGACGAACAGGGUGACGUGUACUGCGUGCCCGACUACUACAGGUUGGCAAUGGGGGAGGGUCUUCCACUCUGGGAGGGGGGUUUGGGUGGUCCCCGUCACCCUGCAGGGCUCACGCCGCCCCCGUUGGCUCCCAUCAGGAAAUACGCCGUGGUGUGCAGCGCCUGCGAGCGCCCCAUCAUCCCCUGUGAGGACCAGGACACCUACAAGAUCGAGUGCCUGGGACGCAGCUUCCACGAGAGCUGCUACCGCUGCGAGAGCUGCAGGAUGCCCCUGUCACCGGAGCUGACAGAGAACGGGUGCUACCCCCUGGGCGACCACCUCCUCUGCAAGUCCUGCCACAUCCACUGGCGCAACGAGUCAUCCUGCUGAGACCCUGCAGCUCAUCAACCCCUUCCAGUGCCAGGCACCAAAAAGGGGGUGCCCCCUGUGGGAUGCGCCCCCUGGCUGACCCUGGGUGCCUGCUGCACCCCCAAAUUACUGCAGAAUUGGGUUUUCAUCAUCAAAAUGUCCUUAGGACACUGACCAGUGGGUUGGUGGGGUGGAGAAUUGUGGAUAUGUCCCAGCACAGCUCUGCACCCAUGAUGAAUAUAAAAUGCCCUGACAGAGCAGCAAUGAGGAAUGGAGGUUUUAUUCCUUAUUUCUUUAUUUAAACUCCUUUUUCCAAAGGCCAGUUUGGUUUUCUUGGGUGGUGUUUCUUUCUUGUCAAGCUUCCUUGGGGUUUCACUGAAAUGUUUCUCUCUGUGGAGAGCGGGCACUGAUUUAGUUACUCGCAGUUAAAUAAAACCCCGAGUUUAAAAACUCUCAUUCCUUUCAUCCACCCUGCAUUCCAAACCUAUCAAAUCCAAGUUUAAAAAUAAGGAAAAAAGCUGGUUUUGUAUUUUCUAGGCGUGGCAAGAGUUGGUCCAUAACUCAGGUCCAUAAAAGUUGAUUUUAGGGCGUAGCGAUGUGGCAGAUGCUGCUGUCACCAGAGGGAGAGUCAAGUGUUGGGUUUUUUUUGGGUGGAUAUGGGAUCUGGCGAUGUUUCGUGGUGUUGAUAAAAGGGGUUUUGGUGCGGUUUGGGUUUUUUUUUUUUUUUUGCUGACUAUCUAUCCCGGAGCCGGCAGAGGGCAGCCGGAGCACAGAUUCCUUCAUCAGGCAGCAAAACUCCAGCUAAAAGCAUCCCGCAGGGCCGGGACGCUGGGAAAGACGGACAGCCCCCUUUCUGCAUAUUAUCCAAGAUUAUAUCGUUCUGCCAGUGGAAGCUUUUCGAUCUCCUCUCAGUCCAGGCCUCAAACCAGCAGAAAUUUGACUAUUUCUCUGCGUGCCCAACAUCUGCACAACCGAUGUUGCCGGUGCUUAGUGGUUUUGUUUGCGAGGGCGUUGCAAACCAGGCGGAGAAACUUUCUUUUUAACCAAAAGUGUUUAAAAAGCCACAAAUCAAGAGCAGAAAAUAGAAGGAGCAUGUGAGAUGAUGUUUAAUGCUUUCCUGAUGGAAAAUGGGAGCUGCAAACAAAGAAAGGAACCACCAGACCAGCGGCUCCUGGAUCAUAUACAACAUCUCCGGCGCGUGCUGUAUUUAUGAGUGAAGGGGUUAAUGAUGGUUAAUUAAUCACAUCAGUAACUAUUUCCUGAUGACUCUUCCCUGUCUACAAAGCUGAUUACUCAGUGUUUGUUAAUGAGCAUCUCCGGGCCAUCAAUCAGGUCACAACUUGCUUUAAAGGUAUUUAUAAAUAAGUUGUGGUUU